UUUAUUUUGUUGUUUACAAUUUGUUUAUAUUCUAUUCGAAUACAUUAUAAGAUGGUUUCGUUUUAAGUGCAGUGCAAUAUAUUAAAUAUUUUAAAAUAAUAAAGGAAUUAAUUAUAGUUUAAACAAAAAUGUUAGAAUUAAGUGAUGAACUUCAAGUGCUGGAGCUGAGGGAACCAAUAUUCAAAGACAUUAAGUUUUAUGUCAGUGGUCUAGUAAAUGAGAAGACAUUGGAGUUAUUGAAAAAUGGAGGAGCUGAACGUAUGAACUAUUUCACAGAUUAUGUUACACAUUUAAUCUGUGGCCAUGAAUGUGAAGAAACUGAUUUGUCCGAUGCAAAUGACCUUUACGAAAUACCAGCUUUAUAUGAAAAAUGGAUUUACAUUUGUUCAAAAUUGAGAUACUUGGUUAACACUAAACCAUUCCUGUACAAUCCAGAAAAGUUAUUUUCUAAUUUAGUAUUUUGUACUACAAGAUUGGGCCGAGACAAGGCUAACCUUUGGUCAAUUGUAACAUAUCAUGGGGGCAGGUUUCAGCUGAAUUUCGAUUCAAAGGUUACUCAUCUGAUUGCAAUUGAUCUUGAGAGUGAAAAAUGUAGGAAAGCCUUGGAGCUGGGACCAGAAAGAGUCUGUAUAGUGAGUCCUGAUUGGAUUGUGGAAUCUGUGAAAGCUAAACAUUUUGUGGAUCAAACCUUGUUUCAUCCAAAGCUUAUCAUACAGCCAAAAGUAAUUAAAAGAGCAGAUACAACUUCUAUUACUGGAUUUGAACCUGAAACUUCUAUUGAUGAUGGUAAUAUAAGCAGUAACACUGCAGAUUCCACUCAAGCUCUGCUGGAUAAGUUGAAGCAGAGAAUGCCUUGGAACCAGCCUGAUCAACCUGCCACUGCAGCCGCAGCACCACCACCACCACCAAACGUUGUAGCGCCGAGUUACAAUGCACCAAAGAGCGAGGGACAACUUUUUAAUGCAUUUAAUUCUGCCACCCAGGUUCCUAGGAGCAUUGUCCAUCAUACACCACAAUCUCAGUUCAAUUUUCAACAACAGCAGCAGCAGCAGCAACAAAGACCGAAUUUGAAUCGUAUUUUGGAACACCUGCAGCAGAGGCCGAAUAUUGGAUCAGCGAAUUUGAAUCGCCUAAAUCCACAAAUGUUGCAAAACAUUAGGCAAAAACAGCCUGGAAAUUUACAAGCGCUGCAGCAGCAGUCUGCAGGUGGUCAACAAUUAAUUCAGCAAGUCUCUGGGCAGUUGAUACAGCAACAACAACAGCAGCAGCAGAGUGGUCAAAUAAUUCAGCAGCAGCAGCAACCUGGUCAAUUAGUGCAACAACAACAACAGCUUCCUUCACAGAUAAUGCAGCAACAAGGUGGUGGGCAGAUAAUGCAGCAACAAGGUGGUGGGCAGAUAAUUCAACAGCAACAACAAAUUCCUAGUCAAUUAAUGCAACAACAAUCAGCUCAAAUGGUACAACAGAAUAGUAGUCAAAUAUUGCAGCAACCACAACAGCAAACUGCAAAUCAAAUAAUUCAAUCUCCACAGCAAACAGGUGUACAGCAAAUAUUGCAACAAUCUCCUCAACAACAAAUUAUCAACAGGCAAAUAAUUGCCACCGGCAAUGUCCAACAACAGUUACAAAGUCCGAAAAUGCAGCAGUUACUUCAGCAAAAUCAGCAGAGGAUUUUGAUUAGCCAAAACCAGCAAGGGAUUGUUAUGCAGAAACAGCAUUUAGAGCAGCAGCAAAUUGGACAACCACAAGUGUUGGGGCAUCAAAAUCAACAGAUAAUACAGAAUCAACAACAGCAGAUGAUGUUGCAGCAGCAAUCACAACAACAAAUGCUGCAAAAGAAUCUCUUAACUCAGCAGCAGCAACAAGGUUUGAUAAAUCCGCAGCAACAGACAAUUGUAAACCAGCAGAUAGUUCAAAACCAGCAAGUCGUAAAACAGGUAAUUCAAUCACCGAAUCAGCAGCAGUUUGUGCAGCAAAAUAAAUUUGGGCAACAGAUUAUUGUUUCAAGUCAGCAACAGCCCCAGCAGCAGCAGCAGUUUGUCGGUAACACGGGAGCCCCGCAAAAUACAUAUCAACAACCGCAGCAGCAGCAACAACAGCAACAGUUUGUCCAAAAUUCUCCGCAGUUUGGACAGUUUGUUCAACAGGCAGGCGGUGGAAAUUUGCAGAUAGUUAACCAGCAGCAACAGCAGCAGUUGAUUAAUCAGCAGAAAUUAUUGGUGCAACAACCACAGCAACAAGUUGGGCAGCAACAGUUCCAGAAUCAACCGAGACCACCGCCGCAAGUUUGGCAACAGCAAUUAAACAUACGCCAUCCGCAAAGUGUAAAUAUUAUACAGCAGCAGGGAACCAGGGUACAAUGGGCCGGUGGGGCACAACCACAGCAAUUAGUUCAACGUCAAUUUAUUCAGUUGGAUGCUCAGACUCAUCAAAAACUUCAACAAAUGGCGCCCGAGGAGAGAACGCUUUUUGUGCAGAAGCUGCAGAAACGCAGAUUACAAACGCAACAGCUGCAGCAACGCGGCGGACAUAUAUUCAUUCGAAACAUUACCUCCGGGAUAAAUAAUCAGCAGCACAUGCAAUGGAUUCAACAGCAAGCUCAGCAGGGUAUCGUAUUACAACAGCAGCAGCAGCAACAACAACAGCAGCAGCAGCAACAACCUCAAUCCUCGCAACACGCUCCAAGAUUAAGUCCAAUUCAACCAACAGCGACACAACAACCACCAGCUCCCUCGACUCCUGCUCCACAAUUCCCGCAAGAUGCUCAACAGAAUAUACAACUACAAAGGCAGCAGUUGCGAUUGCAAAUGCAACGCGAAGCACAAAAGAAUGCUGCGGUUCAGGCGCAACAACAACAACAGCAGCAGCAGCAACCUCAACAACCUCCGUUGCAAGUUGUAAGGACACAAAUUGUGGAGCAAUCUCCAUCAAAUCCGGUCCUCGAUGCAAACCAACAAAACCAAUUGGUGAAUGCCAAGACUAAAACAGCACUGGCAAAUCUGCUGAGCAGUCGAUUGCAGAGCGGAGGUACAACUGUUGGUCCAGGUGUCGAACAACCUCCGAUAGCUGCAGAACACAGUGCUGCCGGUACACUGAGGCUGAUGACCGCUCAGCACAAUGCUGCUUUGAAUUCAAACAGGGCUCAAGAAAUAUUGGCUAUGCAACAGCGUCGAGCAAUUAGUACACCAUCUGGAGAAGUCAUUAGACCUCCAGUUGUACCACAAUCUGAACCACCUAAACUACAGUAUUCUCCUAGGAGCGUUUUACCUAUACAGCACAGACCUGGCACAUUCUAUGGUCACAAUCCGAACUUGAAACUUCCUUCAGAUCUUUUCCUCUUGGGAUGUAUUUUUGUCGUGGUUGAGAUAGAAAGAUACUUGGACGAAUCGGUUCCUGGUUGGCAAAGGAAAAUCGAGAAGCACGGAGGUGAAAUUGAGAAGCAGUAUUGCUCGAGAGUGACGCACGUGCUUUGUGAGACCCAAAGACACGGCGUCGUGAUGCAGGCAUUGCGCGACUACAAAAGAUGUGUAACGCUUUACUGGUUGUCAGAUGUGAUGAAUCGUAAGCAAGUCUUGCCUCCUUGGACUGCUUUACAUCUGCCAAUGAUGUAUAUGGAUACAGUUCCUGCUUCGAAGCAUUUAAUUUCGUUGACCGGUUUCAGUGGAACAGAAAGGGAAAGGGUUAAGCACAUGAUCAGAUAUAUUGGAGCUACUCUAACAACAUAUUUUUCAAAGCAUAACACGCUACUCAUUGCGACAAAGCCCGACGGAACUAAAUUUUCUCAUGCCAAAAAGUGGUCCAUACCUGUUGUAAGCGUGCAAUGGUUGACGGAUGUAAUGUUGGGUAAUUUCAGUGCCCUCAAUCAAAUGGAGCACGUCAAGUACCAGCAGUACUCUCAACCAAUUAACUUUUGUUUCGACCCAAGUUUGGUUCCGAAUCUGAUGCAUGCGUGGAAGAUGCCAAUUAACAUUUCGCAGGAGUCGCACGAACGUGUGAAGAGAAGCGCAUCUCCAGGACUCAACCCGCAACAGAAAGUGAAGAAAAUUAAAAGCGAACACAACGAGAACGAGAAUCUAGAGAAUCUACCGCAAAGUUACACGCAUAGAAUUUUGUUCUCGAGAUGCGAAGGAGAAAAGGAUUUGAAGAAUUACGUAACCCAAUUGGGAGGUUCCAUUGCGAGAGCAACGCAAGACGCAACCCACCUAGUAUUACCGCAAUUGGUGCGGACAACAAAACUUCUGCAUUGCAUUUGCCUGGGCGUGAAGAUCGUCUCGGAAUCGUGGAUCAAAGAUUCCUUCAACGCAAAACGGUUUCUGGAUGAGAACAAUUAUAGCUUCGAUACGAAGGAAUUCAAUAGCAGUUACAAAUGCGACUUCGAGCAAACCAUAAACACGCGGAACAGGAACAAGCUGUUGGAGGGUAAAUACUUUUUUAUCACACCGAGCGUGUUUCCUAGCAAGAAAUCUCUGACCGAAAUUAUACAAUCUUGUGGCGGCAUCGUCGAGAGGACGAGGAGAUCCUUGAUGCAAAUCGAAGCAACAAACAUGAAUUCUCCAUACAGUUACAUCAUCUUGACGCACGAGCACGAUCUGCAUCUGGUAGCUGAUCUGUUGAAGAACAAGAAGGAUAAGAUAAGGAUAGUAUGUAAUAUUGAAUUGAUUUUAAGCGCAGUAUUGCGACAGACGUUCGAAGUGGAGCCCUAUGUUGUUAAAGUUAUGUAAAGAAGAAAUAUAUUAUUUUAUUUGGUUGUUAAA